AUGGCUGUCGGUAAGACAAAGCGAGCUACCAUCGGGAACAGAUUGAUUCCUCAAAUUCUGGACGAUCUUGCCUCUGCCGAGCCUGAUCGCAUCAUCUACUCAUGGGCUAAGUCUUCGGACCUAUCGCAGGGCUUCCGCCAUGUAUCUGCUCGUGCCUUUACGAAGGCAGUAGACAAGACAGCAUGGUUACUUCAGCGGGAGUUGGGAGAGACCUCUGAGAUUCGCUCCGUGGGUUAUAUUGGGCCUCAUGAUCUCCGUCAAAUUCUGUUGACAUUCGCCUGUAUUAAAGCCAACCACACUGCCUUGUUCCUCUCACCAAAGAAUAGCAUUGAGGGCGCUCUAGCCGUUCUCGAUGCGGCAGAUUGUAACAUCUGGGUCAAACCCGCCGGUGAGAGACCAACACAGUUGGUGGAAGAAUUUUUGCAGCAACGCUCUAUGCAAGCCAUGGAGCUACCUUUGCUGAGCGAGCUUCUUCCUGAAGAUGAAAGCCAGAUGGAAAAUGUAAAGCCGUUUCCUUACACAAAGACCUGGGAAGAAGCGAUCAACGACACAUUCUGCAUUCUACAUACUUCGGGCUCAACUGGCCUGUCGAAACCCAUCAAGUGGACACACGGUCUGAUUGGUACCGUAGAUGCUGUCCGGCUUCUGCCUCCCCAUGAAGGCAUGGAGCCUUGGGCGAAAGGAUGGGAUGACGGUGACACGUUGUACUCAACAUUCCCGAUGAGCCAUGGAGCGGGCAUUUUGAUGGACGUUGUUAUAGCACCACUAUUUGGGCUACACUGCGUCCUUGGGCCUCGGGACGUGAUACCCAACCUGGAACUCAUAUCAUCUCUGGCGGAUCACAUCAAGAUCGACAUAUGGAGUAUGAUUCCAUCACUCACUGACGAGCUUGGAGAAGCGCCCGACAUCUUGCCAAAAUUGAGUCGGUCGAAAUUCAUCUGUGCUUCCGGAGGACCCGUGAGCAGUGUCUUAGGCUCCAAAGUUAACGAGCAUGUUCGCGUCUUGAACCUCACUGGUACGUCGGAAGGUUUGUUCAUCGGCAACUUGUGGGUAGACAGACAAGACUGGCACUGGUUUGCCUUCCACCCUUGGUCAGGCUUUGACUUCAAGAUGGUCGAGCCUGGUCUUUAUGAGCAGUGGAUUCAUCGCAACGAGCAUGCAGAUCUUUUCCAGGGUCUCUUUCAAACCUUUCAAGAUGUGGACAGUUUCAACUUUAAGGAUCUGUAUGUUCCACACCCGACUAAGCCGGGAUUCUGGGCCUCUCAUGGCCGCAGCGAUGAUGUUGUGGUCCUUUCGAAUGGAUACAAGAUCUCGCCGCUAGAUACGGAGGCCCUUGUCACAACGCACCCAGCUGUUGAUGGCUGUGUGAUGAUUGGAUCGGGAAAGCCACAAGCUGGCCUGCUUAUUGAGCUGAAAGACCCAACCAUCAAAAGGGACGAUGACAACGCUGAAGCGCUCUUCAACAGCAUCUGGGCCGUCAUUGAAAGAGCCAACUCUCUGUCUCUACACAAGGACCAGUUGCACCGGGACUACAUCGCCUUUUCUGAAGCUGACAAGCCAUUCAUCCGUACCGACAAGCGUACAAUUAAGCGUCGUGCUACCUUGGCGCUAUACGCUGACUACAUCGAGCGUUUCUACCAGUCACGAGGAGAGGAUGACAGCAACGAUGGAGCUGCGACACUUGGGUUGCUCACUAUCGACACAUCAUCCUUGGACUCGACUACUCGUGCGGUUCGUCAUAUACUGGUUUCGAUCGUACCUGCAGUCAAAGAUGCUCAAGUGGAUGCUGAUCUGUUUACUCUUGGGUUUGACUCACUGCUUGUGUUCCGCGCUACCAAGACAAUUGCGGCGGCUACAGAUCUAGGCGGAAAAUUCUCGCCCAGAAAUUUCUAUGCUGGUCCGACAAUUGAGACCAUCGCUGCGACUGUCGUACGAUUGGCUGCUGAACGCAGAGCGAUGACAAUGAAUGGCACGUCCGCCCCAUCAGCGACUGAACAGAAGCAACAAGAUCCGCAGGAAGCCAAGAUCAGUGCACUCAUUAACCGGCACAAAGCUGUUCAGUCAUCAAAGCUGGGUCCAAUGGACCUCUUCGGCGGUAACAUGUACGAGGGCAUCAAUAUCUUCAUACCCCUCUGUCCAGAUGUCUCGUUCGAGCAAGCAUAUAAGGUGCUCCAGAAAGGUCUAGCUCGCGCCAUGGAUAUUGUGCCGGAUCUCGCGGGCAAGGUUAUUCCCUGCUCGGAGCAUGAGAUUGGAUACAAAAAGGGCGACCUUCGUCUCAGUCUACCUCCAGUACCUUCAACGGCCCUUGGCAUCUCUGCCUCGGAAGAGCCGAGACAAUUGCGCUUCAAUGACCUUUCGUCUGUCCUACCAUCCUACGCAGAGCAAAAAGCCUCCGGAUUCUUGACCUCAGCUUACCCUGAUGAGCUCCUGACUACGUGUCCAGCAUUUCCCAGUCUGCCCGCGGAUGUGUGCAACAUUCAGGCCAAUUUUAUCGAGGGUGGUUGCGUGCUGGCCUUCAAUGUUCAUCAUCACGCGCUUGAUGGCAUCGGCCUCCUGAUCGCACUGAAAGUAUGGGCAGAAAGCUGUCAGUUUGUCCAGGGCAAUCAGUCUGCUAUGUCCGAGUGGCUGCACCCAGAGAGUCUCAAUCGUGAUAUGCUUUCUGUCUUGUACGAGGUGGAGGGUUUCGCGAAGCCAGCGAAUGAAAUCGACCCCAAGGUUUGGGGUUUCUUACCAUAUGCCGACCCGGCUCUCAAGCGUAAGAAUGUAUCUGAAGCCGACGGACAUGUCAAGAAGCCCAGGCUCGAGAAGACCCCUUUAUCUCGCAAUCUGCCUGAACCACCUCGCCUGCCUCCCUGUGAGCACUGGCCACCCAAGGCUCGUGACGAUGGUCGCACCUUAGACGCGUCAACCUUUCUUAUCUCGGCCAAGAAACUGGAGGGACUGCAAAAGAGCGUCGAGCUUGCCGAAGUUGCUGAUUCAGAGAGCCAAAGCGGGUCAGGAUCGCUAUCUCUUCCCGAUGUACUGCAAGCCUUCUUCUGGCGUGCCGCCGUCCGGGCUCGUCGCCGUCCAGAGAACUCCUCUCCUGAUGACACGUCCAUCAUCGAGAUGCCUACCGAUGUCCGACCCUACUUCAGUGCACACCUUCCGCCAACGUACAUGGCCAACAGCGUCAUCAUGAACCGACAGCACAUGUCUGUCUCGGAACUCUGCUCUUCCGAGACCAGUCUUUACAAGAUUGCUCAAAUCUGCCGUGAGGCGCGCACUCGAAUCGAUCAAGAGCUUGUUCAUGAUGCCUUUGGUCUACUACAUACGAUUCAGGACAACAGCCCCGGCAACCACACAACGGCGUUCCUAGGCCAAGGUAUUCAAGACGGCCCACAUUCGCUUUACAAUAACAUGAUGCUCUUCCAAGCGAAAGAUAUUGGGGCCUUCGGAGGUGGCAUCUUGGAUGCACCCGAUGCAGUGAGGGUCCAGAUGGAUUGGUUGAACAAGGCCUUCAGGAGUUUGUUUAUCUUGCCGAUAAGAGAGGACGGCGGUGUUGAGUUGCUAUUGGGAACCUUGCCUGAGGAACUGGAAUCAAUGAAGAAUGACGAAGAGUUUAUGCAGUUUGCUGAAUUUCUGGGAUAG